CCUCAGCUUGGAGUCCCAUCAAGGUCUGAGUCUCCCGCUGUGACCGAAGGCGAUGCCUCAUCACCAUUCAUUCUCCGACAGGCACUCAGGACAAACACACCACUCGCACCGCUCCCCUGGACAACUUUUUUUUUUUUUGGUGAAUCAAAAUAAAGAGCGUGAUGAUGACAGAAGAAAGUAGGGGCAAACGAAGGAAACAAGCCAACCCCAGGAGGAAUCGAGUGGAUGCUGAGCAAGUGAGUUCACUGGGAUCUGAGGGGGAGGAUGAGGUUGGCCUGUGGAGCCUGGAGCCCCAGGACUGCCAGGAGAGCCUGGACAAGACAAGCCUGACGCCUAGUGAGGGGACAGAGGAGCCUGGCAGCCCUGCUCGCUCCACGCGGCCGCACAGCCUUAGCCCCGGCAGCAGGAACUAUUGGGGGCAGGUGGAGCCAGAGGUCGAGGCCGCGGAGGACGCCGCCAUCGCGUCUGCCGCUGACAGGGAGGGAGAUCAGGAACCAUUGAGGAUGUACUGUAAGAACUCAGACUCCCAGAAUGCCUUCGAGGACCUGGCCCACUAUGAAUUUCUGGCCCACCUGAGGAAGACUUCUACCUCAGCCAGUCUCUUGGACCAUCUGAACCACAAUGGCACAGCAGUUGCGUACCACCCGGGCGGCAGGCACGAUGAGCUGCCACCUGCCAUUUGGUCGCCAGGAGCUCAGCACCGUUCACCUGAGGGAUCAGAUGCAGGAAGGACCCAUCAGGCCUGUCCAUUCUGCCACAGGAUGUAUCAGCGAGGAGCUUCUUUUAGGGACCACAUCAAGUACUGCCAGGAGAGGGAGGGGGCCCAUAUGGCAUGUCCGCUCUGUGGAUACACUGCCACCCAUAGGGCACAGAUGGAGCGGCAUCUGGCACUUCACAACCAAAUGCAGGAGAAGUGUGCUUUGGAUCAAGCCAUGGAGACCAGGAAGUUCAAAUGUCUGCAGUGUGGGAAAGCGUUCAAGUACAAACACCACCUCAAAGAGCAUCUCCGCAUCCACAGCGGUGAAAAACCUUAUGAGUGCUCCAACUGCAAGAAACGUUUCUCUCACUCGGGCUCCUACAGCUCCCACUUAAGCAGCAAAAAGUGCCUGAGUGGUGGAGGGAAUGGAGGGGGAAGCACAGGAGGAGCCAGCGGGGCUUUUAAUGGACAUACUCAAAGCACAUACCACCACUCAUUUCCAACAUCUCCCUCUGCAGGCGGGGGGAGAAACAGUAACGACAAGGGCUCUCCGAUGACUUCACAGACCCAAGAUAAUACCAGGCCUCUGGGUCGAGUAACAGAGGAUCCUCACCAGCUUUCACUGCAGGACCCCAACCACAAUCCCACAGGCUUCGCCAGAGCUUCAGACCUGGCUCGGCUUUGGGACCCCUCGGCAGAGCUCUCCCUGAGGACCAGUAUACUAAAAGGGACCACUCUGCUGCCUUAUCUGCACUCUGGGACAAAGUUUGAGCAGAUGCUACAGGAGAUGCUUCACAGGGAGGUGAAGAAAGACGAGGAGAUGGACAGAGAAGGAGGAGGAGGAGCUGCAGUGGAGGAAAGGAGGGUGAUUUACAACGGAGGAGGGCCCGACAGGAAGGUGUCGCCUGACAGGAGAAGAGAGGCAGCGAGAUCAGGUGAGGGAGAGAGAGGUGUCCUUGGAGUGACAUGCCGCUGGUGCUCCCAGCUUUUCCCCAAUGUGGCGGUGCUCCUGCAGCACGAGCGCUACCUCUGUAAGAUGAACCGAGAUGCAGUGGAGGUGCCCGAGGGUCUUCGCGGCAAAGACCACCCCUCGUCACCUUUAUUCUUCCCGAGAUCUUCCCUCCAACCGGAGAACAGCAAACAGAGCGAAGUAACCAAUGGCCUCUCUGGAAGCAAAUCACCCUUACAGAAUCCCAGCUGGUUCUCUGUAUCGCAGCAACUUUUGGUUGCAAUGCACUCUCCCCCACAGCCACACCAUGAUGCCCUGUCCUCACGAGCGUACUGGUCCGGCCAGGAAAAGGGAAGUCCAAGCCAACAAAUCAACCGCUCCCCAGAGCUGUCAUCACCUCGAGCCAGAAGGAGAGUUCCCUCUUCAGGUUUCGGUUCACCAGUCUGCCUUGACCUCACCAGCUGUCCUCCCGAACUCCCCUCCCCUCAGAACCAGACUGGCAGCCCCUGGUCACAGAGCGAACCCCUGGAUCUCUCCCUGCCCAAGCAGCUCUCAGACCAGGAGGGGAGAAACAAAACUGUAAACGGCAACUCAGCCAGAGGAGAGAGGAGAGAGCUCGGGAACCAGCAGCUUAAGAGGCCAAGUCCAACUUCACAUCUAUCCCUUCACCACCACCCAGUCUUCAGCGGUGCCGGAGCUCCUGUGUUUCCAGGUUCCUUAUACAAUGGAUUUCCUAUCUUCAACCAGUCUGGUUUAGGACUUGAUGGCAUCACAGCGAUUCCGCCAUUCGGCCAGCCAGCUAAUAGCCCUGGGUUUCUCUCUCCCAUGGCUUACAUGAUGGAGGCAGAUGCAGAGGCGGCGCUGAAGAAGAUCCGCCAGGAGAGGCAAGCUCUCAUGGGUGAGGUGUUAAGCCGUGGAGCUCUGGACUAUCUCUCUCUCAUGGAUGAAGGACUGGAUGGAGAAGGAGGGCCAGGGAGGAAGAGACUGAAGAAGACAGAUGAGGGGCUUUACGCUUGUGACAUCUGUGAAAAAACCUUUCAGAAGAGCAGCUCUCUGCUCCGACACAAAUACGAGCACACAGGCAAGCGCCCUCAUGAGUGCAAGAUCUGCAACAAGGCCUUCAAGCAUAAGCACCAUCUGAUUGAGCACAGCCGGCUGCACUCCGGAGAGAAACCCUACCAAUGUGACAAGUGCGGCAAACGCUUCUCUCACUCCGGCUCGUACUCCCAGCACAUGAACCACCGCUAUGCUUACUGCAGCAAAGACCAGGAUCCAGACCAAGACCACGAGGAGAUGCCUCUCACUCCAGGGGCAGGCAACAAUCUUGGGGGCCGCCUCAUUGAUGAGACCCCUCUGUCACUGGAGGAUACCCAAACCCCGCACUCCUUCCUCAGUGACUCCAGUCUGGAUGGAGCUGCAGAGGCCCUCAAGGAUGAAGAGGAAAAAGAGACAGGGGUCAGGGAUGGUCCUGUGGAGGAGGCACAUCUGAGUUUUUCAGGGGCAGCAGAGAAGCUGGGAGGUAUCCAAGAAUCACCUACAGGGGACAAUGGAGUGCAAAAUGAGAGAAACGGUUACAAUGUCGGAAAUCAUAUUGACAAUGCAGAGAGACAGUUCUGGGUCCGAGACACUGACGACCAGAACGGGGACUUGGACAAAUGUGAACUGAGCCUGGAUUUAACAGAUUUACCAAGAAUAAAAACUUAAGGUGACUUCAACAAGCCAAUACAAUGCAUAUACUAUAUAUAUUAAGAUUUUUCAUACAUUUUUCUCUCAUAUAUAUAUAUAUAUAUAACAGCGCCACUGAUUUUUCACUCAUUUUACAAGAUGAAAACAUGCACAGAACUGCCAAAGCAUAGAUGGCCUUAAAGUGGAUGAAGCCAUACAAACAAAAUAUAUGUGAUAAUGCAAAGUACAGUAUUUUAUCAUGCAAAAUAGACUUGAUGUACCUAGUGUUUGUUUGAUUUAUUUUGUUCUUUUAAUUGGUUUUUGUUUACGAGGACAGCUAAAACAUUUGGGUUGACUCAUCUGAGGUCAUGUCACAUAUCCAGAUGUGACAUCGCAGAAAUCUCACUUAUUAUAUGCUUUCUGCUGCUGACUGUUGUACAACCCAUAAAGAAAGAGGCUUUGGUAUUUUUUUUACAUCCAGGAUCCAGUUGAGUUUUUAAAUCAGCUUGAAACAUUUCAACUGUUGUCAAGCAGAUGCACACUGGUUGAGAAACCAGGCCGUGAAGGAAAUGUGUGUAGGAUAGAUUGAAGGACGAAAAAGACAUCUACAGUUACUUUAACGUGCCAUCAAAGUUAGAGAUUAAAUGUUACUAAUGCAGACAGAAUUGCAUGAUGCUCAGUUAGUAUCUUUAUUCUUCUGCAAGUAACAUUCAGUUUUCAGUAUCCUGUGGUAUUAUUUGAUACAAAUCUUUACCUCUAUUUUAAGAAAUGAACAAUAACUUGUUAAAUGUUUUAAAUGAAAAUACACACAUGCAGCUAUUACUUUGUCCUAAAGCCAGUGAGGGAUUGAGGAUAUAUAAAAGUAUUCACUGCCGGAACUUUAAUCAUUCAUGCUGUGAAAUCACAUGGUAUAAUCAGCUCAUCUCUUCAGGUUAACUAUGGUGCUCAGUGGCUUUAACUAAUAAGCAAUCUAUUUAGUAGUUUAGAGCAAGCAGUAGAGCGAGAGGAAGAUCUGGACAGUGGUUGUUUAUUUAUUUUAUUCCUUAAACAAAAAGCAGAGGACUGCACCUUUUUAAUUGUUUGCCUGGUUAGGGGACAGUUAUUUCUGCAUUUCUGGAUGGGAGGUUAAAGGGGCGAAAGAUGAAGUCAGACUUAGUUUUUUGUUUUCUUUGAGGGAGCAGAGGAAACUUGCACUGUCUCACUGUUUGUGUAAUAAUCACACAGAGCUGCUUUAUUCCAUUUAUUGCUAAAAUAUCCUCCUAUUUCUCGUAAUAAUCUACAUGUGCUACAGCCUAAUUUAACACCCAUGGAACAAUAAUGUGUCACACUUGUGGGCUGUCUGUUGAGGUGUGACGAGAGGGUCAAGACUCAGGACACAUACAUCAGCUUUUAACUUCCUCUUUCUGACUGCAGUGUAGUCAACGUGAAAAGUGCCUCAGAUGUACUCAGACUCUGUGAGUAAUCCGACAAAGCCUUGGUACAACGAGAUAAGACGGUGGUGCAUGAGGUGUGACUAAGCUUGUAGCAUUCAUGCAUACGGUGCACCAAAGACACUUCUUGGUCAUCGUGUGUGUGUGUGUGUGUGUGUGUGUGUUUAUCACCAAAGAUAUGCAUAUGAGACACGCCAACUGCCACUCUACUGUUGCAUAGUUCCUUACCUGUUAUUUCUGGGUCAAGAAAUAGGCAAAAAAUGGUUUACUUUCACUCUGUGUCUGCACACUUUUUAUAUCAAGCAGUUUUCUAUCUUUUACUGGCACCAAUGCAACUUUUGUAUCAACUUUUUAUAUAUAUAUAUAUUUUUUGCAUGUUUGUGGAUAUUUGUAAUAAAAUUGUACAUACUUUGUCACCA